AUGGCCCCCAAGAAGCAGGUCCAAGAGGAGAAGGUCCUCCUGGGCCGUCCCGGAAACAACCUCAAGAGCGGCAUUGUUGGGUUAGCCAACGUCGGCAAGUCCACGCUGUUCCAGGCGAUCACCAAGUGCAACCUAGGCAACCCUGCAAACUUCCCCUAUGCCACCAUUGACCCGGAGGAGGCUCGCGUCAUUGUGCCCGAUGAGCGCUUCGACUGGCUGUGCGAGAAGUACCAGCCCAAGUCGCGGGUGCCUGCCAACCUUACCGUCUAUGACAUUGCCGGCUUGACCCGCGGUGCCUCAACGGGUGCCGGUCUCGGCAACGCUUUCCUGUCCCACAUCCGCGCCGUCGAUGCCAUCUUCCAAGUGGUGAGGUGUUUUGACGAUGCCGAGAUUAUCCAUGUCGAGGGUGACGUCAAUCCGGUCCGCGAUCUUGACAUCAUCAGCGAGGAACUGCGGCUCAAGGAUAUUGAGUUCGUCGAGAAGGCGCUCGAGAACCAGAAGAAGAAGACGCGCCAGGGCGGCCAGAGUUUGCAGAUGAAGCAAUGGAAAGAAGAAGAAGCUACGAUCGAGAAGGUCCUGGCGUGGCUGAAGGACGGCAAGGACGUCCGCAAGGGCAACUGGGCUCCCAAGGAGGUCGAGGCAAUCAAUCCUCUUUUCCUCUUGACUGCCAAGCCUGUGGUCUUCCUCGUCAACCUUUCCGAGAGGGACUACAUCCGCAAGAAGAACAAGCACCUCCCCAAGAUCGUUGAGUGGGUCAAGGAGCAUGCUGAGGGUGACCCGAUCAUUCCUAUCUCCGUCUCCUUCGAGGAACGGCUAACCAGGUUCGAAACGGAGGAGGAGGCCAAGGAGGAGUGCAAGAAGGUCGGGGCAGAAUCGGCGCUGCCCAAGGUCAUUGUCCAGAUGCGCAAGGCGCUCAACCUCGGCAGCUUCUUCACCGUUGGGCCCGACGAGGUUCGGCAAUGGACCAUCCGGAACGGCACGAAGGCACCUCAAGCAGCAGGCGUCAUUCACACUGACUUCGAGAAGACGUUCAUCCAGGCCAUCGUGUACAACUACAACGUCCUUAAGGAGCUCGGGGACGAAUCCGAGGUCAAGGCAAAGGGCAAGAUGAUGACCAAGGGCAAAGACUACGUCGUCGAAGAUGGCGACAUCCUGCUGAUCAAGGCCGGCGCUGCCAAGGCUUAA